UUUCUCGUGGUGUUUGCUGAGGGUGAGUGACCGCGGCGCCCUUUCCCAGCGUCUGCUCAUGGCGCACUUGACUCGCACGGUCCUCAUCUUCGGCGGGUUCGUGGCCAUGGUGGGGGCGGCCUUCUACCCUAUUUACUUCCGGCCCCUCCAGCACCUCGAGGAGUACAAAAGGCAGCAAGCAAUAAAUCGAGCUGGUAUCAUCCAAGAAGAUGUUCAGCCUGCAGGAUUAAAAGUAUGGUCUGAUCCAUUUGGAAGAAAGUGAAGACGUCUCUGAGAGUGAUCUUGUGUUUGUUCUCUCUUAUUCGAUCAGAGAAGUUCUAUCUGCCAAUCAAGUUCUUUCAGAAAAAGAACAUUUUGGGUUGCUUUAUAACAAUAGUUUCUAUAAGCAGUAGCAGCUGCUGACUCUAAAAGGGUUUUGCCCCAGUGAUCCAUAAUAAAACAAAACCACACUGAAUAUUUUCUACUGAGUAAAUUGAAUAAUUGCCUCUCUCUGCUAUAGGAAUGGAAGAGACUUGCUUUGCUGAAUGUAGAUAGGACAUGGCUAGAAUAGACUCUACACACAUAUUGAGUAAUUAUCUGCAGAACAAAACCAGUACUAAAAAUUUGGAAAGUGGUGUCUUUGUAUAUCUGUAAAUCAUGUAUUUAUUCAAACAGAUUGUACAGUUCUGCAAUGUAUCCAUUUUAUAAGUGAAAGUAGAAUGGAUCAUACUAAUAUAAAUCUAGCUAUGAUGGAAAGAUGACUUACUUGUAAGUAUAUUCUAUUUAAAAUGUUGGGAGUUUACUUUCAACUGUACCUUUCAAGUGAAAACGUAUUGAUGGUAGUACAAGACUUCAAAAGAGGGAAGGUUUUUCCACUGUAAAAUGGAACAUCUUUAUCCACAUGGUUUUCCUGGGAAAAGUGUCUUUAAGGUUUAUUAGUUAAAUUUCCUAUUGCAUAUGUUGUAUAGAAGCAAACAUAAAUCUUUUGUGUGCAGUUUUGUGUGUAGCUUUAAUGUAAAUUUUUGUUAAGAAAAAAACUAGAUUUGAAAGAAUUUGUUCUGAUAUACAAAUUCCAUGUUCUAAAUAAAGUUUUCAGUGCAUGGGUA